AUGGCCCCUAUCCCCCGGGUCAAUCUCGUUGAUAUGGACAACCAGUCCUCCGACGUUGGCGACAGCCCUGUGCGUCGCCAGUCCUCUGAGCCAUUCCGCCGACCUCAAUCAACUUCCACUCAGAUCUCUGUUUCCUCUGAGCGGACCCAACUUUACCGGUCCUCUGAGCACCGCCCAAUGUUUUACCCAUGCGAUUGGUGCGGGAAGCUCAUCGAGCUCCCAAGAGACUCGAGCCUCGAGGAAGAGGUGAUCAAUGCCCACGUCCUCGCUCACCACCCUGAGCGACUGAAGGGCCAAGUGGGGUAUGAUGAGGUCGAGGAUGACUUCGACGACGACGAAGAGGAGGAAGAACUUGACGGCGGUGAUGAUGAAGACGGUGACGUGGCUGCCGAAGCUGAAGAAGCCGAGGCGGAGAUGGAAGCCGAUGUUCUCGACGAUGUCACUGCUCGAGAGGAAGACGAGCUUCACGACGCCGAAGCGGACGAGGAAGACCUUGCAGAGCCAGUGACUGCAGCUCCCUCCGUCCACGGCGAUCAGAGUGACGCGGGACACGGCCCCAUCUUCAAGGCCUCGAGGCCUUCUCUCAAAUUCGCCGCCGCCAACAAGCAGAAGGACCCCGACUCGGCCCGGCAGGAGGGUCUGGACAGACUUAUCAACAAGCUGUCCAACCCUCGGAGCAAUUUCCCAGAGGAAUAUCGGCAACGAGUCGCAGCAUGGCAAGAAUCCGAGAUGGAUACGCGCCUUCCGAAGAUUUGGACCCUCCACAACGUGGAGAUCAUUUCCCCCGGUUACGAACAGGAACGAGCCAAGGUGGACCACACCUGGCAACAAGCGUUCCAGGGGGCCAAAUCCAAGAAGCGCGAUGCACCGGAGCCAUUGAUCCGGCCGGACCCCUACAAAAAGGUCAAAGUUGACCGGGGUCAAUUCCUCGCUCUGAACCCGCUUGACGACCUCGUGGAGAUGCUGAAGAAGCCCGACCAACUCUCGUAUGAAGAGUUGUACGCAGCCACCGAAGCUGCGGGCUUUGCGAUGAAGAUCUGGCAGGACGAAUUCCUGGCCCUAGACAAGCUCUACGUGCGAGCACAUCGCCACAUCCGCGCUCCAAUCACCGAGGACACCAAGCGUGAGUUCCUGCAAGCCGGGAAGAGGAAGAGCGGGCAGCCAAUGGGGCGACUCCCAGAACCCGAUCUCGACUAUGAGGACAAGAAGGAAGCCAUGUUGUACGGUUACCGGUACACACCCUUCCAACUCAACACCGCCACCACCGUCAGCCGCAUCCCGCAAAAUCCAUUCGUCCAGGGCGGCUUCGUGCCAACCCCUGCACAGGGACGAAAGAUGGCCUCCAAGGUUCCACCUGGAGAGCGCAAUCCGGAUGACUGGCCGGCUGUCGUUCGCGACGGUGUUGAAAUGGUCCCCAAGUUGUGGGAGGAGCCCCAGGCGCCCGUUCAGGCCAAGGUCACCCGCAAGCGCAAGGCGGCAGCACUAGAGACGACAUUGAAGACCGACACAGAGGAGACACAGCAAGAAUCUCCUGACGCGGACGAGACCGAAGAAGAAUCAGCUCGCCCACCAAAACGUCGUGCUCGGGGAGGAGCUCGUGGAGGUCGUGGCCGUACUGCCACCUUCGAGGCCUACCAGCCCGAAGAAGUCUCUGCUCCUGUCGUUCCUGUUGCUCGCGGUCGUGGCCGAGGCCGGGGUCGUGGACGUGGUCGGGGUCGUGGUCGGGACGACCACCACCGCCACGCAAACGAUAACUUCGGGGCGUGGGCGCGGUCGUCGCGGCGCAAGCACGGUUGUGAGUACAGCCACAACCACUCCGGUGGCACCCCCUCUGCAGCUUCGCCAGAGGAGUCCACACCAUCAUAUGUGGACAUUUCGCCAAUGCCGGAGGCGCCCGCGGCGGCCAAACCUGCCCUCGCAGUGAAGAAGGAAGUGCCCGUGGAGGAUCCGGAGGAAGCGCGACGGCAGAAGAUCGCAAACUCGAAGAACCCAAAGCGCACCAAGGCAAUGCUGGACCAUUGGGAGCGGUUCAACCGUGAAGGUCGAAUCCGCAACCCCAAGCGGUCCAAGGCGCAGAUCGAGUCCGAUAAGGCAGCCGACGAAACCCGCAAGACCAAGGAGGUGGUCCCGGGUCGUCUUCGCGCUUCGCCGUCGUCGCUUGCCCCGAUCCCCGCGGGCAACCUCGCCCCCAAGACCCCCAUGGGUAUGCCACCCAUGGUGGGCGUCCCUCACCUGGCGCCGGGUCCCGUCCCUGGCCCAACCCUGCCAUCGCUGAGUAUGUACGGUGCUCCAAACCCGUACGCUCCGCAGCCCCCGGUGGCAGGGUUGGGUCAGCCAAUGCCCCAAUUCGCGCCGUUCCCAUACCCGGGAGGGUAUGGGAUGGCACCCAUGCAGCAGGGUCCGCCGCCACCCCCGCCGCCGCCCGGCCCUCAUGACCCUCAUCACCGAGGUGUCUAG